AUGGAGCAUUUGCUUAGAGAUGGAAGGGAGCAGUUUUUGGAUCCAGAGUUCUGUAAGAAGCUGGCAAGAGCUUUUAAUUCUUCUAAAGGUCGCACUGGAAAACCAGCUGUGAAGUGGACAGAGGUCCAAAAUUGGUUCCAAAAUAACCAGCAACAGCAAACGGACCUCCCUAAAGAUGCUCCAGCCGAACCUGUGACAAAAGGACCUCCUGUUUCAGAGGCUGUUGAGGAUUCAAAAAUGCCAAAAGAUAAAAAGGAUUCAGAUCGCAGAAAGCUGGAAUUCGAGGCACAAUCAGCUUCAGACGGAGCAUGGUAUGACAUCGAGGAGUUUAUGGGACAUAGAUUUCUGGAUUCAGGAGAUGCAGAAGUUCGUGUUAGAUAUGUUGGAUUUGGACCUGAUGAGGAUGAAUGGGUAAAUGUGAUGAAAGCAGUCCGUAUACGGUCUAUUACUUUGGAAGAUUCUGAAUGUCACAAAGUUAAGGUUGGAGAUAUUGCACUGUGUUUCCAGGAGCGAAAAGAUAUAGCGAGAUAUUUUGAAGCUGAGAUCAUAGAGAUUCAGAGAAGGGUACAUGACAUGAGAGGUUGUAGAUGUCUUUUCACAAUCCGAUACACUCAUGAUAACAUGGAGGAAAAAGUCCGAUUGAGGAGAUUGUGUUUUCGGCCAAAUAUAUUAGCAGGAUCUCAAGAAACAGUCAAAAAGUAG